CUUCUGCUAAACCAAACUUGCGUCCGACGCUACUGGCAGGCUAGUCCUCAGAAUGCAACCAACAUUGCAGGGAACAGCUGUCGAAAAUUUUCGAGAGUAUUUGAGGAUUCCUUCAGUCCAUCCGAAUAUAAAUUACGAUGAUUGUGUGGCUUUUGUUCAAAAACAGGCCAAGUCUCUUGACUUGCCAGUCCAAUUAUUCGAGCCAAGUCCAAAACAUCCAAUUUUGGUCAUCACCUGGGAAGGAACAGAGCCAGAAAAACCUGCCAUACUCUUGAAUGGCCACAUGGAUGUGGUUCCAGUAUUUCCUGAACAAUGGACAUAUCCGCCAUUUGAUGCCCAUAUGGAUGAAAAAGGAAAUAUAUACGCCCGUGGAUCCCAAGACAUGAAAUGCGUUAAUAUUCAAUAUUUGGAAGCGAUUCGUCGUCUAAAAUUAAAUGGCAUUCGUUUAAAACGCACAAUUCAUGUCUCAUUUGUACCUCACGAGGAAGUUGGCGGCUCACCUGGCAUGAAAGAAUUUUCCCAAUCGCAGAAUUUCAAAAAUCUGAACAUUGGCUUUGCUCUCGAUGAAGGAAUUGCAAGUCCAAACAACGAUUUCCUUGUUUUUUAUGGCGAAAGAAGUAUCUGGCAUAUUGAAAUCAAAUGUACCGGAAAACCCGGACACGGAUCACUUUUGCCCGAUAAUACAGCUGGGGAAAAAUUUACGAAAAUUAUUAACCGGUUUAUGGAGUUCCGAGCGAAGGAAAAAGCCAGAUUGAAGGAUCCGAGUCUCAAAAUUGGAGAUGUGACUUCUGUCAAUUUGACAAUAGUUGAGGGAGGUGUUCAACGAAAUGUGAUACCCAAAGAAUUAAAUGCCAAUUUCGAUAUUCGUAUUGCGACCGACGUCAAUCACGAGGAUUUUGAAAAAAUGAUACAAGAAUGGAUCCGAGAAUCGGGCGAAGGAAUUACUUGUUCCUUUCCAGAGAAAAAUCCUUGUGUGGAAAAUACAAAACUUGAUAAUACAAAUCCAUUUUGGGUUGCUUUCAAGCAGGCUUGCGAUGAAAAUGGAAUGAAUUUGGAAAAAGGAAUUUUCACCGGUGGAACGGACAGUCGUUACGUUCGGGCUGCUGGAAUUCCUGCUAUUGGGUUUUCACCGAUUAUCAAUACCCCAGUUCUUCUUCAUGAUACCGACGAAUUCUUAAAUAAGGACGUCUUUUUACGUGGAAUCGAAAUUUACGAGAAACUUAUUCCUGCCGUGGCGAAUGUAUAAGUGCAAUAUCAUCAAGAAUGAAAAUUAGGAUCAAGUGGAAAAUCGUCCAAGGAUUUUUUUAACUUUGAAGAAAAAAAAAAUCAGGAAUUCAGGAAGGAUUUUUUCAAUUUGUAAGAAGAAAAAUUCAGGAUUU